ACAGAAACCAUAGCCCACUAAUGAGUUUUGGAGCCAGUUUUGUCAGUUUUUUGAAUGCCAUGAUGACGUUUGAAGAAGAGAAAAUGCAGCUGGCAUGUGAUGACUUAAAGGCUACAGAAAAACUUUGUGAGAGUGAAGAAGCUGGAGUUAUUGAAACAAUCAAGAAUAAAAUUAAAAAGAAUGUUGAUGGACGAAAAUCCACUGUAUCCAUGAUUGAUCGACUACAAAGACAAAUAAUUGUAGCUGACUGUCAAGUCUACUUGGCUGUGCUGUCAUUUGUAAAACAGGAAUUAUCAGCAUACAUAAAAGGUGGGUGGAUCCUCCGAAAAGCCUGGAAAAUUUACAAUAAGUGCUAUAUGGACAUUAAUACACUUCAGGAAAUAUAUCAGAAGAAAACAACUCAGGAAUCCUUGACUUCUGAUGCUGCAAAUGAUAAUCAUAUUGCUGCAGAAGGUGUAACAGAGGAUUCACUAAACAGACUGAAAGGUGCUGUUAGCUUUGGAUAUGGACUUUUUCAUCUUUGCAUAUCCAUGGUGCCCCCAAACCUGCUCAAAAUCAUCAACCUGCUGGGUUUUCCUGGAGACCGCCUACAGGGGCUUUCUUCACUGAUGUAUGCAAGUGAAAGUAAGGACAUGAAGGCCCCUUUAGCUACAUUAGCUUUGUUGUGGUACCACACAGUUGUUCGUCCCUUUUUUGCUCUUGAUGGCAGUGAUAACAAGGCGGGAUUGAAAGAAGCAAAAGAGAUUCUUGCAAAAAAAGAAUCUGCUUAUCCAAAUUCUUCUCUGUUCAUGUUCUUCAAGGGGAGGAUACAGCGAUUAGAGUGUCAAAUCAAUAGUGCCUUGACCUCAUUUCACACUGCUUUGGAACUUGCAACGGACCAGAGGGAGAUUCAACAUGUCUGCUUAUAUGAAAUAGGUUGGUGCAGCAUGAUAGAGAUGAAUUUCAAAGAUGCAUUUGAAUCUUUUGAAAGGCUUAAAAAUGAAUCCAGGUGGUCCCAAUGCUAUUAUGCUUAUUUAACAGCAGUGUGUCAGGGAGCCACUGGUGAUGUCCAUGGUGCUCAGAAUGUCUUCAAGGAAGUUCAGAAGCUUUUCAAAAGAAAAAACAAUCAAAUUGAACAAUUUUCAGUGAAAAAGGCAGAUAGAUUUAGAAAACAAAUGCCAACCAAAGAGCUCUGUGUCCUGGCGUCCAUUGAAGUAUUGUACUUAUGGAAAGCCCUUCCAAACUGUUCCCUCUCCAACCUACAACAUAUGAGCCAAGCUUGUCAGGAUGUUGAUGAUGCAUCUGCUGUCGGUUUGAGGAAUUUGCUUCUUGGUGCCAUACACAAAUGCUUGGGAAAUUUUGAAGAUGCUGUUCAGUUUUUUCAGCGAGCUGCUAAAGAUGAACUGUGCCGUCAAAACAACUUAUACAUUCAGCCAUAUGCUUGCUAUGAACUUGGUUGUCUUCUCUUAGACAAUCCAGAGACUGUGCCAAGAGGCAAAACCUUACUUCUCCAAGCUAAGGAAGAAUUUACUGGCUAUGAUUUUGAGAACAGAUUGCACGUCCGCAUACAUGCAGCCUUAGCUUCUCUAAGGGAAGUUGUUCCACAGUGAUGGACAGGAAGUCUUGUUAUCCUUUCCCACAGUUUCUGCACUUUAAGAUAAAGCAGAGGAUUAAGCUGUUGGGAAGACCAGCUUUUCUUCUGAAAACCAUUUGUGCCAGAGACACUUUGCUAGUAUGUUCAGAGUUGUUAUGGCUUAGUAAAAUAUUAUAAUUUUAAUUUAAAAAUAAACCAACCAGGAUGAGGGUUAAGUGACCUUGUGUUUUUAACUCUUCAGCUAUUAUUUUGUUUAAACAAAGCUGAACACAAUUACUUGUAACUCUGCAGGUGAGCCUAAAUAAGCACACAUGUGAUUUACUUCAAUAUUGGCAGGAAUUUUUUUUUUUUUUUUACUUUUAAAAUACAUAUAAAAUAUGCUCUCUAAGGGGAACAAUCUUCUGUUUGAUUAGAAUAAUGCAAUAUAAGUUGUUGGUGUAAAUGUUGACACUGGAAAUGGGCAGAACGCUUUUUCUUUGAGAAUUAGCCAGUACGGCAGGAGGAAGGAAGGAAGAGGAGGAAGACUGUUCAGCUACACAAAGCAGAUCUUACUAAAUUUUAGGAGGUUAUUUUGGUGACUUCACAAAGAUGUGUGAAUUUCAAACCUCAUAUUCCUUCCGUUCUUCAUCUUCCCCUCCCCACCCAACCCAUAUUUGUGAUAUAAAUUAUGUCAUUAUUUAGGAUCUCUGCUUCCGGUACAUUCCAGCCAAAUACUUAUUUUGUUUGACAUGCAAUUACUGUGUGGGCAGUUCUUGUUUCUGCUCUUAAUAUUCUGAAUAGUGCAUUAAAUUACAUGGCCAGAUAUUUAAAAUUUAACUAACUUCCUAUUCAGGCUGCUGAAUCUUUGUGGCAGUGACCUUUGAAGGUGUUAAAUAGGCUUUUGGUUUGCUUGUUUCAGUAGUCAUACCAAUAGUACAAUAACUUAAUCUCUAAAUGACAUUCCAAACCUGUGGUGUUAAGAUACUGAAAUACCUCAGACAGCUUAAAUCUUUAUCAUGACCAUAUAAUGUUUAAUACUUGGCCAUAUGUGUGCUCAUGUAAUUUUGUUUACUUUUGUCUGUAACAGGAGUCUCCUUACCUUGUACAUUCAGUUAGUAUUCUAGGAAAGUAAGUAUUUUUUUAAAAAAACUUAUGAAUGGAAAUCUGGCCAGAAAGUUAGUUGACUUACGUUACUUUGCAAAGCUAAGAAAACUGGAUUUCCUUGGAAAUAGUUAUCGAGAAGCCUUAUCUUUACUUUGGUCAGGUUGCCUUAAACAGUUCCUUAGCUUAAACUGUUUUUCUUUUCUUACCUUUUUGCAGAAUAUGUUGCCAAAGUUUUAGACCUUACCCAUACCUAACCUUCAUUGAUUUGCUUUUGAGAUUACAUCUAAAGCAAGACUGAUAUGGAGGAGGAAAGUAAUAUCCUGUUUGGUAGGCCAAAUGAAAAGAUUGAGACUUUUAUUUCCCUCUAGAAAAACACAAUUCCUGCUAUGAAAGGCAUUCCUAGAGCAGUUAAACACUUCUUUUGCAGUCCGUGAAGGAGUGGAGCGACUAACUCUUUUAAAAAAAAAAAAAAAAAAAAAAAAAAUUUUUGAUCUAGGUAUGUUACUGGUAGUAAACCGAUUUGUCAUUCAACUUUAUCAGUGAUGCUGAGUCACAAAUGAGUCUUCAAUCUUAUUUGAAGUGGCCCAUCCAAAUGAGGUACUGAAUAGGAAACAAUAUACUGUAUAUAUAUAGUGACUACUUAGAAUUCUGAUCAUAAUUUUAGAAAUGGACGUGAAAUCUUAUUUUGUCCUAUCUGACUUUUGUAUUCCGCAGUCAGAGACAUAGUCCAGUCUGGAUAAAUAGCUAGGAACAGUUACUGACAAAAUUGUUUAAAUACACUGCUUAAAUGUAAUGUGAGACUAGGCUAUUCAGGACACGAAGCACCUGCAUGCAAUUCAUGUUGGGAUGUCUAGGGUCUACAUACUUGGAGGUAGUUAGCAAGCUGUAGUAAAUCUACAAAAUGGCCUGCUCUCAUCAGGCCUGGAGUGGGUGUGGAAAGACACUAUGUAUUCAUACAACAGUUCAGCUCUGUGCAAGUUGCAGCUUUUCUGUGGGUUUAGAGAAUCAUCGCUGAAAUGGAACUAUCUGUUCUGUAUCUUUUCCCCUCAUAGGAGAGUCUCCUAAUUCGUAAAUGUUAAUUAUUUUUUAUGUUAGAUUGUGCCUGUGAUGAGGAAAAUUUCAGCUGUGUUUUGCAUAAACUUAUAAGUUGUUUUUUUUUUUGUUUGUUUGUUUUUUUCAAUACUUUGGAACUCGGAGGCAUGGUCUAAUAGCAAUAAUGGAAUAUGCAUCUUGCUAGUUAAUAUAUUAAGACUAUCUUUACUGGGUCAGGUAUUUUUGUUGAUGUUGAUGAAGUUUUUAUCUCAAUAUGACUCAUUUCAAAUAACUAGAAUUUUUAGACGUCACAAUGUGGCAUAUUUAUUGUGAUGUACUGUAAAUGUUGUUAAUUUACAGAACUUGCACUUUUAUAUUUCUGAGUAAAAUUAAAAGAAACGUGGACAUGCGUUUUGUUCCCUUGUUCCUCGAAUUUGCCUUUAAUUGGUGGCCUCCUGAACAAGAUGAUACCAAGGAUAGGGAAAACUUCUGGGGUGUCAAGUGACUCUGUAACAAAGUUUUCUAGUCAGCAAUUACCUCAGCCUUUGUUCUUCCAGCAUAAUUAUAGUCUUCUGGUUUAGAAAGUGAGUUACAUGUGUCAUGUUGAGAUCAACUGUAGAAUGAACAAGAUUGAACAUGUGUUCUUAAGACAUCAAAUGUUCUUGUUUCUCAUUUUAAAAAAAGGGAAAAAAAAAUGUACUCUCUGUAUUCAUACACCUUUAAAAAUGUUUCUGAUUUACUCUAAAGCAAGCACUUUAGUUUCUCCUGUCGCUGACUUUGGAUGCUUGUUUCAUAUUCUAGUUAUGCUUUAUUCUUAAAUAAAAUUCCCCAAAUCUUA